CAACCGACAUACCGGUAGCUCCUCUCACCCCGUCACUAACAGGUCAAAAGGAACAACGAUGCGUGGAGCCGGCGGAGCGCUGGCAGUGGCCGUUGCCGCGCUGCUUGUAUGUUGUAGUGCUGAUCCUCACCAGGAAUCUGAAGUAAGCGGUAAUGAACACAACUCCGGCGACCGUUAUGAUGCUGGACUCCAUCAAAAACAAGAUCUUGAAGAUUUUCUACGAUUUCUCUACUUAUACGAAAGCUCUGUAGACAAUCAUAACUUGAAUGGAAUCGGAGGUAAUCUAGUCGGCAGAAAUCUGAAUGACCUUGGAGGCACUGGUAUGCUAGGUCGAAAUCUAGAUGCAUUUGAAGAGUACUACUCAUCAGAGGGAAAAAGCGCAGGAGGAGGAGGUCUAGGAGGUUCAUCUAUGCUAGGACGAAAUCUUCCUGGGUUUGGUGGAUACGAAUUACGUAAUCUUCACGGGGUUGGUGGUUCAGGAAUACCUGGAAGAAGUCUGGAAAGCACUUAUGGAUACCACAGAAAUGGUAAUGGAGCUGGUAGCUCUACUCUUCUCGGAAAUAAAAGAAAGUAUUCCAGAUAUCUUGACUCCCUCGGCGGUAGCAACUUCGUACGUAACUUAGAUUCUAUUGGAGGUGCGAAUUUGGUAAGGAACCUAGAUUCAAUUGGCGGUGCAAAUUUAGUGAAGAAAAACCUCGACCAAUUGGGAGGUCCUAACCUUGUGAAGAAGACUCUAGAUUCCUUGGGUGGCGCAAACUUUGUACGCAACCUAGAUUCUCUCGGCGGUGGCAAUUUCGUUCGUGAAUUGGACUCAAUUGGAGGCGCAAACCUCCCUCGAAACCUAGAUCCCCUGAGCGGCGGUAAUUUGGUGCGAGAAGUACGAGAGGUGCGCGACUCCCGGCACUUCGUGCCCUACCUUUUAUCCAGACGUUAUGAUUACGCAAGCCCGUACGGAGGAGGCGGAAAGCGCGAGUUUUGGCCUUUAACACCCGUUCAAUAUGGCGGAUAUUACUCCGAUGGCCUUCCCAAGCGCAAUUUCGAUGAAAUAGACAGAUCUGGGCUUGACAACUUCGUAAAGAAAAGGAACUUCGAUGAAAUCGACCAAACUUCGAUGCCGUUCCCUUACGCUACCAAGCGGUUCUAUCACUUCGGACCUAACUAUCUUGACAUUGACUCACCAGCGUCGAGUUUCGACAAAAAGAGGUACAGGCUCGACUUCCCCAUGGAUGAGAUUGAUCUGUCACAUUUCCCCAUUGGCUCCAAGAGAUCGCAAGACAGUUUUCGUCCCGUGCGUUAAUUUAGAUAUCCUACUCAUAUAAAAAUAUUGAUACCGCUGUUACUAUAGAUAUUAAUAAUGACAAAUGUUUCAAGUUUAAAUACAGCUUUCCUUCCUAAUAAUUAAUGAAUAUCAGAUGUCAGAUAUCAGUAUGCAGUUAUAUUUAAAAUUCGUCACCAUGCGGUCAGGAAGCAGAGUUUAUUGUGCAUGGCAAAGUUCCCUCUUUGUUCGUUAAAUCAACUUCUUGAAAACUGCUCUAACUUUCAUAAACUUGGUAUUACGUUAAAUAAUGUAAAUUUGAGAUACUCAAACUUAGAUAUUAAAUUAACUUUAAGGGAGAGGUUUAGAAUAUCUGAGUGUUAUAUCGAUAUCGUCAGAACAACAAUUUAUUAAGAUUGUAUAUGUAAGUUUUUCAUGUUUUGUGA